AUGGACAGGGAGACCGUUAAAGUGCCAAUUGACUCCUUUAUCAAGUCAUAUCUACCUUUUGUUCCAAGUCAGGAGGCCAUUGAUCUCAUUAAAAAGAAUUUCGCACUUCCAUCCAGUGGGGCAUUUACGACUACAUCAAAUGGGUCCCAGCAAGUUGCUUGUUUAUUUUUGCAAAAAAUUGCUCAGUAUGUUUCUUCGAUUGAUAAUCUCAUUCCAGGACGUGAACACAAUGAAUAUCAUUAUCGACAAGUCUCUUCGAACACAAUGAAGUCAGAAAUCGAUGGGUCCACUAACAGCCUCGACGCCUGCUUAAUGCAGGGGGAGGAGUCUGCGACGCCGUCCACACAUAACAUUGCAGUCGUUAUAGAGCCCAACCACCGACAGGCAAUCUUGGCCAACAUUCAGAUUAUGAACGAUGACAUCCGUCGAAUGUUCACAUAUGCGAUCAUCAUUGAGGCAGAUUUGGUUACUUUGUGGUACCACUCACGAUCUCACUCCGCUGUGUCUGAACCGUUCAGUGUAGUCAAAGAACCACAGCUGCUGCUCAAGGUUUUUAUCUUGUUCCUAUUUGCAAGUAGAGAGGAGCUGGGGUAUGACCCAAAAGUCGUGCACAUUUCGAAAGAGCAGUAUGUUUUCCGCGGUAUCCCCAACGUCAAAGAUCGGAAUGUUCUCGAGACUUACAAAAUUGUUGGCACAAUUUCGAAAGCUGGAGUCAACAGCUUCACAGGUCAAAUGACCCGCCUCUUCAAGGUCGUCAAACUCAAUCCCAUUACGGGCAAAUAUGGAACCAAAAUAUACGUGCUCAAAGAUGUUUGGAUAGAUGAAACCGAGGACCCCUCGAGCACUAAGUAUUUUCUUUCCAUCGAGAAUGAAUACGAGGGGGCUCUAACCAAACCUUUUGCGGAGGGCUUUUAUCCUAUAAGACUGGAAGACAACAGUAUUGAGACCUCAGCAAGUCAUGCAAAUGCCUCUCUUCGGACCCAUGUAAUGGACAAUGCAUUCCGCAGAAGCUCGGUUUACGAUAAGUUCUCCCAAAUCGAUUAUACUCCCAAAAAGCAGUGUCGACUGGUGUUCAACGAGCUGUGUACCACAGUCGGACACCUCCAGACUUUAGGAGAAGUGAUUGAUGUUUUGUUCCAAGCCUUGAUUCCACUCGAAAUGAUGCUCUGUGCCGGUUGGGUUCACCGGGAUAUUAGUUCAGGCAAUGUAUUGGCAUAUCGAAAGAAUCUCGAUAAUCCCAAACAGCCUUGGAGCAUGGUACUAGGCGAUCUUGAAUAUGCAAAGAAGUACCCGCCUCUCAAACAGUUGUCCAGCUCUUCUGACUUCAGGGUAGGCACCCCGUACUUCAUGCCUAUUGAAAUCAUGAUGCAACGUAGUCUGUUCGACCGUAAUCAAGAAAACGUUGUAACCAAGGCCAUUAAAAAAUCGAACGCCAGGAAGUCCCACCUUGAGCAAGUUUCCCCUCUGGAUCUUGGAUCGUCCGAUAGUGAUGACUACGAUGACUAUGCUCGGUUCAAAGAGGAUACACUUUCUGGCCCUAAAAAUGCGACCACCGUCACUUGGAAUGGUAUUGUGCAUAAUUUCCAACAUGACUGGGAAUCUAUAUGGUGGCUCAUUCUCUGGACCAUUACUUCUCGUGUCAAUGAUGCACCUGAAGAUACAAAAUCCUAUGCUCGACAAAUAUUUCAGAACAGCGUUGAGGCCUCUCCACGAAGACAAAAGGUAUUCAUGGAAUCAAUCCAACCGGAUCUCGAAGAGCAUCUGGGCCCGCUGGCAAGUUAUUUUGCAGGACCAAUGGAUCAUAUGCGCAAGGCCAUGUACAAGCAAUACGUACUUUGUGAAAUGAGAGAAGAACUUGCCAAUGUAUCUUCCUAUACCCCAGUUACGGUUUCUUUCAGAUCAUUUUUCAUUGAUAUACUUGAACAUAAAGACAAAUGGUCAUCUACUAGAUUGGACAUGCAAGAUCAGUAUAUCGAGCUGUUGGAUCGUAAACGACCUCUUCCGGAUGAUAUCGACAAUAAUGCUGUACGUGACGCCACCAGCAAGAGAUAUAAGGCAAAAUAUUACAACUCGCAAGGAUCCAGCAGUGGCGGCGAUGGGUCUGCCAAAUAA